UGAUCUACAACAACAAAUGUCAUCACCACUCACUCCCGAUUGGGCUAUGAAAAAGCCUCCUCCACCCACUACAUCACCCACCAUUUUUUCAUCCUUCUCUUCUGAUAUAUUUUAGAAUUUAUUUUUCCUCUUAUUGGCUAUAUAUAUAAUUAAAUUAAACAAAAUAAAAUAAAAACCUUUUUCUUGUAAUUAAUUAAUUAAUAUAUUAUAGUUUUGUGCUGUAAAAUAGACUACCCUGUAUACUAUAUAUCCAAACACUUGUUAUUUUUCCAAGAAAGGCGAAGACAAGAGAUUGCCCCUUAAGACUGAAGCUUUUUCACUUGUCAGUUUAUUAAAGAUGAGGGGAGCUGGUUUCUGGCAACUUGGGCAGUCCAUCACCCGUCGUCUUGCUCAGGCUGACAAGAAGUCUGUGGCUCGCAGAUGCUACGCUACUGAAGCUGAUCUCAAGAAGACUGUUCUUUAUGACUUCCAUGUUGCCCAUGGUGGCAAGAUGGUGCCUUUUGCUGGUUGGAGUAUGCCAAUUCAGUACAAGGAUUCAAUUAUGGAUUCAACCUUGAAUUGCAGGGCAAAUGGUAGCCUUUUUGAUGUGUCACACAUGUGUGGGCUAAGCCUUAAGGGCAAGGACAGCAUUUCAUUUCUUGAAAAGUUGGUUGUUGCUGAUGUUGCUGGACUUGCCCCUGGGACUGGUACAUUGACUGUUUUCACAAAUGAAAAAGGAGGGGCAAUUGAUGAUUCUGUGAUCACCAAAGUGACUGAUGAUCAUAUAUACUUGGUUGUGAAUGCUGGGUGCAGAGACAAGGAUCUGGCACAUAUUGAGGAGCAUAUGAAUGCUUAUAAAGCCAAAGGUGGGGACGUGUCAUGGCACAUUCAUGAUGAGAGAUCUCUUCUAGCCCUCCAGGGUCCUCUAGCAGCUCCAGUUCUUCAGCAUCUUACGAAGGAGGAUUUAAGCAAGCUUUACUUUGGGGAGUUCCAGAUAUUGGAUAUCAAUGGAGCAAGAUGCUUUCUCACUAGAACAGGGUACACAGGUGAAGAUGGAUUUGAAAUCUCUGUACCUUCAGAGAAUGCUGUGGAUCUUGCCAAGGCAAUAUUAGAAAAAUCUGAAGGUAAAGUAAGGCUGACAGGGCUGGGUGCAAGAGACAGUCUUCGACUUGAAGCUGGACUGUGCCUCUAUGGCAAUGACAUGGAGCAGCACAUUACCCCUGUAGAGGCUGGUCUUACCUGGGCCAUUGGGAAGAGAAGAAGAGCGGAAGGAGGAUUUCUAGGAGCUGAGGUGAUACUUAAACAAAUUGCAGAUGGUCCAUCAAUCAGGCGUGUUGGUCUGUUUUCCCCAGGACCCCCAGCAAGAGGUCACAGCGAGAUUCAGAAUGAGAAAGGGGAACCCAUUGGAGAGGUCACUAGCGGAGGAUUUAGCCCCUGCCUGAAGAAGAACGUUGCUAUGGGUUACGUGAAAUCUGGAAACCACAAGGCGGGCACCAAAGUUAAGAUUGUUGUUCGUGGCAAAGCUUACGAGGGAGCUGUCACAAAGAUGCCAUUCGUCGCCACAAAAUAUUACAAGCCUUCUUAGUUCUGGCAACCGCUACUUUCCUGUAUUCUAAUGUCUUGUUUGAUAUGUUUUUUUGAUGACAUUGAAAAUGCUACAAUCAAUACUAAUCUUAAUUUCCUCACUUAA